AAUUAUUUUUCCUCGUGGCGGAACUAUAGAUGUCAGGCUCGAGGAAAUGCAGCUUUUGGUUUGUCAAGACAGGUCCAGAUGGAGUCCAGGUUUGACAAGCAGUUACGGAGGAUGGGUGCAUUUAUCCGGUUACCAAUGACUCGGACAUCUGGACUCUUGCAGAGCGCCACAUACAGAUGCGGGUGGUCCUUAAGAAUGCUGAGCAUCCUCCACAGUGGGGGUCUUUUCCAGACAAGCAGGGCGGAGUAGAGAUUCCAGGGGGGCAAGUACACCCUCUUUUGUUGCAGGGUGAAGAGAACUUUGCUACGGGAGUGCAUUCCAGAGAGGAUCGCAAGGAUGCUGAAGAAAGGGUGAAUGAGGCCUGCAUUGCUGUGAAUGCGGUUGCAAAUGGCAGCAAAAUGGCUCUUGUGAUUGCGGCUGAAAAUGGGGAAAUGGCUCCUGUGGAUGCAGCAGCUGCUAAUGAGGGGCCUGCUGAGCACAGAAUGGGGAAGCUGGCGGGAACGGAUGCAGAUGGGACCAAUGGUGAUAGCAAGGGUAUGCGGAACAGUCCUUGCAAUGGUGCACCGAAGCCUACAGCCAAGAAGGCGCAAGGGAAGCAGGCAAUGGUAAAGAAAGCUGCCGAGAGCAAGCCAUCGGAGGACAAUGCAAUGCCUGCACCAGCUGGAAGAAAGACAGGAACAAAGAGGGCGGCUGAGGAGAAGCCUUCAGGCGAUAAGCUGGCAAAGAAGCAGAAAAAGGAGAAGUCGCCUCCGGUAGAGAAAGCAGCAAAAGAGGACAAGCCUUUGGAUGGUAAACCAGUAAAAAGGCAGCGAAAGGGAAAGAAGCCUCCAGAAGAGGAAGUGGCAAAAAAGAAGUCGUCUGAUAUAAAGUCAGAAAAGAAGCAGCAAAAGGGGAAGAAGCCUCUGGAAGAGGAGGCGAAACAGAAUGCUGUGGAAACUGUCCUGGCACCAGGGAUGGUGACGAUUAUGCCGCGGCCUACACCACCAGCAGCAGAGGAUAAAGUGGGAAAACAGGAGUUGGUGGAUAUGAGUGCUGCUCUUGUGAAUUUGCCGCUGCCUACACCACCAGCAGCAGAGGAUAAAGUGGGAAAACAGGAGUUGGUGGAUACGAGUGCUGCUGUUGUGAAUUUGUGCUCCAGGGAAGCUUCAGAACUUGAGACGAUAGUGACAGCAAUCCCGUCCGCAGUUGAACAAACACAGGCAAAGGUGUUGGCAAGUGUGGGCAUGACAAAGAGCCCUUCACCACAUGAGGCGGCCGACGCAGCCACUCAGGAAAGAGCUUCCGGUGAAGCGGAAGAGGCGCAGAAUCGCGGUGAAGAGGAGAAAGCAGCAUCUGUACCAACUGGGAGAAAGAGGGGAGCGAAGAGGGCGGCUGAGGAAAGACCUUCAACCGAUAAGCCAAGGAAGAAGCAGAACAAGGAGAAGAAGCCUCUGGAAGAGGAAGCAGCAAAAGGGGAGAAGACUUCGGAUGAUAAGAAGCCAGUAAAGAAGCAGCAAAAGGGAAAGAAACCUCUGGAAGAGGAAGCGACAAAAGAGAAUGCUGCAGAAGCUGUCCCGACGCCAGGGAUGGUGGUGACUGUGCCGCUGCCUACACCCCGAGGUGCUGAGAUGAUACCGGCGGCAACCCCAUCCACAGUUGAGCCAACACAGGCAAAGGUAUCGACAAGUGCGGAGCCAACAAAGAGCACUGCGCCGCUGGAGGCUGCUGAUGCAGCCACUCAGGAAAGAACUUCCAGUGAAGCGGAAGAUGUGCAGGAUUGCGGAGUGAAGAAUGGAAACAGCGAGGAAGAAUUUGCAGACAGCCAAGAACAGGCAAUCAAGGCAAAUGGUAAUUCCACGACGCGCAAGACUCGCCAGCCUCCGUCAGACGAGUGGGCGUGCAUUCAUGGGUGUGGCAAAAAGUACUCAGGGAACACAAGGGCCUAUAAAAAACACAUUCAAGAGUUUUGUCCUAAAAGACCCAUCACAGCUCCAACAGGCUGAUUUGCAUGCCACACUGCUUAGAGCCUGCAUGCAUUAUUUUUAGGUUUGCAGGUUCUGCUGCAUUGGUAGUAGGGCGUGGGUUCAAGCCCUGCUCAGUACACGCCCUUAAUUUUUGGGUUUGCAGCUAGGCCACAAGCCGUGCGGCCUGGGCCUAUUAAGUCUGCCCGGAAACCGCCUGGGAUGCCUGGCCGGGCGGACCACCGGGCCUCCCAGUGCAAAAUCACGGAACGAGCUUUUUUGAAC